GGCUGGAUGUUGAUAUGAGUCGGCCGGCCUGACGAGCUUGACAGAAAAGGAAAGGCCAACGAACGGUAGGAAAAAGUGACUGAUCACCUCUGGGCCGGAUUGCUUCACUGUUGGAAUAACUUUGUGCAACCCGGCAGAUGCCUUCCAACGCGUAGCAGCACGUGACACCAACACCCCGUCGGGAUCAACACUUGCCGCCAUCAACGCGUCGCUCUCUCCUCUUUUACAAUCGACCAUCAAAGCCGACCACCGACAAUGGCUAGCCGGAUCUCCCUCGCGACACCGGGAAAGCUUCACACGCCGGGACCGCUGUCUCGCUCGCUGCGUGCGUCCGUCUCGAGUCGGGCUGUGGCGGGUCCCUCGUCGCAACCGGCCGGCUUCGACUCGCACUGGCUGCUCCAGGAUGACUUCGAAGGCGGAGAUUCGGACCUGCCCGAUGCGCUUCGCUUCGACGCGCUCGGCACAGCUGUGCGGGACUUUGUCGAGCAUUUCACAGCGUUCAAGGAGGGCGUCGCGGUGACGGCAAAGGAGGCGUCGGAGAUGCAUGCGAGGAGGGUGGAGGAGCAGCGCAACGGUAUGGAGGACUUGCGACUGAGGACCGAGAAGCAAAAGGAGCUCGAAAAGGUUCUAAUUGAGUCAAUCGGAAGGGAAGAGGAGGAAGACAAGGCAGCUCGAGUCCAGGCACAACAGCUCCUCUCGCAGCGCAACUCUAUCACGCAUCGGAUCCAGGAAGCUCAAGCCGAGCUCGAGGCCUUGCAGGCGUCCUUGGAGAAGAAGCAGAGUGAGAAGCAAGACCGAGCUGCGCGGCUGCAGCGACAAAUCAGUCGCAACGGACCGGAGCUGGCCCUCUUUGGGCGCAUGCUCGGCUGUUACAUCAAGGCGGUGCCCGGCCAAGCAAAGCUUCUCGAGUUCAAAUUCAACCUCGUCAAUCCCGAUGACACUGCAGAGGAAGCUCGAUUUGUCCUGGAUGUCGACUCGAGAAAUUACAGGGUGACCGAAUGCGAACCAGCGCUGCCCGAGGCAAAGAUCGGUGGCCUCGUGGCCGAGCUCAAUGCCAGUCGGGCACUCUAUGUGUUCGUCAAGAAGAUGAGAGCGGCGAUCCGCGAGGAAGUCGAUCAUAUCCGGGCUGAUCGACGGUCAAGAAAGAGAAAGGAGCUCGCCAGUAGCACCUCCGAGGGGCGAACAUGAGAGAGAGAGAGGAGUACAAUCCAUCGUUUCCAGAAAUGCAUUGGAUGAAGCGAGAUACAUGGU